AAAGAGACUAAUUUAAUAAAAAUUAUUAUAAUAAAAUAUUAUAACAGUCUAGCCAUACUUAUUACCGUGAGACAACUUGCUAGUCCAGUGAACCGUACAAGAUGUCAGUACGUCACCUUUUCGGGGACACGAAAGCAGACAAGCUUAGCCCAGCCAAAGCGCAGCACAGGUUUCUCAGAUCGCUGCUGCUGUCUUGUCUUUCCAGGACAUGGCGCCAAGUCGUGUUUUGGACUCACCUGGGAAUAAUGCAUGGCUUCUUGUUUGAAACGCAAAUAUGCUGUCAAAGGAAACGUAAAAAAGCACACUUGAUUUCACGAAGAUAAAGCAUUCCUCAGCCGCCAUCAGACAAAAAACCACCGCAGUUAAAAUCAAAGUUUCCAAACAGGAAUACUGACGAAACCCACAUAGUAAAGACAGACGGAGCGUGACUCGCAACUCCAUGAAAAUCAUCAACGUCUUGUCCUACUCCUACCAGCAAACAAAAACCUGCCACCAGCCGAAGCAGUAGUGCAUCUGUAUAUAAGCACGCGGGCAUGUAGUGGCGUCUCACCUCGCACUCGCAGCUGCAGCUUCAAUGCUUCUACCGUUCGUUCGGUGCUGCAUCUAGUACAUUCGAGGCUGUCAUUGAGCAGGGAGGAGCCGAAGCCAUGGAGAACAUGACGAUAGUCAAGAACGAGAUCGAGAGCUACUCGUGGUCAGCUCCUGCCGUGAUGAUCAACGCGUCGGACGGCGGCGAGGCGUGCCAGGUCGUGAGGAGGAGGAGAAGGGAGCCGGCCCUGCUCGCACCGAUCAAUGGCGGUGCCAACGGCAGCGGCAUUGGCAAGCCGUUGCCGAGCAUCACCGUCAAGAGGAGCUCCAGGUUUCGUGGAGUUAGCAGGCAUCGAUGGACGGGUCGUUUUGAAGCGCAUCUGUGGGACAAGAACUCCUGGAAUCCAACACAGAGGAAGAAGGGCAAGCAGGUAUAUCUGGGAGCAUACCAUGAAGAGGAGGCAGCUGCAAGGGCUUACGACCUUGCUGCUCUCAAGUACUGGGGACCAACAACCUACACAAACUUCCCGGUCAUGGAUUAUGAAAAGGAGUUGAAGAUAAUGGAGAACCUUACAAAGGAAGAGUACCUUGCAUCAUUGAGGAGGAAGAGUAGUGGCUUUUCAAGAGGAGUGUCCAAGUACCGAGGGGUUGCCAGGCAUCAUCAAAAUGGAAGAUGGGAAGCAAGAAUUGGGCGGGUUUUCGGAAACAAGUAUCUCUACCUAGGAACCUACAGCACUCAAGAGGAGGCUGCCCGUGCAUACGACAUCGCCGCGAUAGAGUACAAAGGCGUAAACGCAGUCACCAACUUCGACCUGAGAUCAUACAUCACAUGGCUGAAGCCCAGCGCUCCAGUCACUUUCAACCCUGAAGCUCUUGUGAUGCAAACCACUCCGACCGAGCAACUCCUCCCAGCAGAAACCCAGAUGCUCCCAAGAAGCAAUCCAUUUCUCCUAGACCACAAUGCGCCGCCGGGCAGUAGCAGCAAUCAAGAGGCCCCUGUGAUCUCUCCCGGCGGCAUGAGGAAGAGAGGCUCAUCCACUGCGCUCAGCCUGCUGCUGAAGUCAUCCGUGUUCAGGCAGCUGGUUGAGAAGAACUCUGAUGCAGAAGAGGCAGGAGGGGUCAUCAGAGAGCCUGGUGCUCAUCCAGGAGAAGCCUAUGAAUACCAAAACUUUUUCCAGGGAGACGGUCCGGACAUGUGUGAUCUGUUCUCGCCAGGCAGUGGCCACGCUUGGAACGCUUGAUUUCAUGGAGAAAUCGCGUGCUACGACGAUGGCGAGAGUGGAUAAUUGGAGUGAUUUUGGAAACAUGUCACCUCUACAAUACUGUGGAAUUGUGUUAGAGGGCACAAUGCCGUCGUAUGUAAAUUAAGUUCAACCUCGAGUUACUU